UUAAGCACACACCUCUUCGUUUCUCUUCCUUUUUCCGUCCCACUUCCAGCGGCACUUUCUCUAAGUCACACUGUCACUGUUCCAUACACUAACACAGAAACUCUCAAAGGAAACACAGAGAUAGUCUCUGAGAUCAAAAGGGAUAAAACUCCGCACGCUUUUAUUUCAUUUUCUUUUGAUGUUUCGUUUUUUCUUGUUCGAUAAGUGUAUCUGAGUCUGACGAUAAUGUCCAUGUAUUCUGAAUCCCAAUUCUCAACUCCUACCAUAACAGGAUUGGCUCACGCCGAUCGUCAAGACACUUCGGUGGUUGAGCUUAUUGAAGCGUUACAAAAUUCUGAAACGCGGGAGCGUGCUCUUCUCCUUCUAUCCAAGAAUAGAGUAAUUCGUGAAGAUUUAGCACCAUUGUUAUGGCACUCUUUUGGUACUAUCGCUGCACUGCUACAGGAAAUAAUUUCUGUAUAUCCGUCACUGUCUUCUCCAUAUCUCACAGAAAGAGUAUCAAAUCGAGUGUGUAAUGCACUUGCUUUACUUCAGGGGGUAGCAGCGCACUCCAAUACAAAGAUGCUUUUUAUUAAGGCUAACAUACCCUUAUAUCUGCACCCCUUUGUUAACAACACAAACAAGGAAAGGCCUCAUGAGUAUCUAAGACUUGCCAGCUUAGGGGUUAUCGGUGCACUAGUGAAGGUUGAUGAUGCACAAGUUAUACACUUCCUUCUUAAUUCUGAAAUAUUUCCUUCUUUCCUACGCUGUAUGGAGGUUGGAGCUGAAUUGUCAAAAACAGUAGCCACGUUUAUAGUUCACAGAAUCCUACUAAAUGAAGAUGGCCUAAAGUAUUGCUGUAUUCUAGCAGACCGAUUUUUUGCCAUAGGGCAUGUUUUAGGAAACAUGAUUGAAAAACUUGCUGAAGAUGGAAGGCUUGCAGAAGAUAUCUCCAAGCGGCUGCUAAAGCACAUUAUUUGGUGUUAUCAAAGGUUAUCAGAAAAUCCAAGGGCAUGUGACGGGCUUAGAUGUUGCCUUCCCACGAAGUUAAGAGAGCCAUCCUUCAUUAGCGUCCUUCGUGAUGAUGAAACAGCCAUGCUGUGCCUACAGAAGUUAUUUCACAACGUUGCAACUGGACACUGGUCUAGAACACGAACAGUUGGGCAGUCGGUAGGGCAGUCAUUUGGUCGGUUGAUCAGAGGCUAGAUUGGAUGAGCGCAAAGAAAAUAAUCUGUGCAAUCCUUGUCUGGGAGAUUGCAUAUACAUACAUGGUAUAGAUAAUACAUGAUCAUCAUAGCGAUUAGCAAUUAAUAUACAUUCCAAAAGGAGUAGGUUUCUUGCAAGUUAAAAUAGUGAAUCCUCCUUCACCGAGUACGAGUUAUUUCUCUCUCGUUAAACUGCUGAGUAUGCUUACCAGCAAAGUCUGAGGAGUUAAAAGGUUAACAAUAAUAGGAUUUUAGAUUACAUUGAAGUUUGAAACCUUUCCUAAAUAAAGGAGAAAGUUUUUCUAAUA